AUGUUACAAGCUGCCCAGGGCAUGGGCAUGAGUAAUGCUCCUCAGGGGGAUACCCCCAACCUUAUUGAUAACUCCGAGACCGUUCAUAUAUCCUCUCUGGCUCUUCUUAAGAUGUUACGGCAUGGCCGUGCGGGCGUACCUAUGGAAGUGAUGGGCUUGAUGCUGGGAGAAUUUGUGGAUGAAUACACAGUCAGAGUUGUAGAUGUGUUCGCUAUGCCCCAGAGUGGUACCGGGGUCAGUGUCGAAGCUGUUGAUCCCGUAUUUCAGACAAAGAUGAUGGAGAUGCUUCGACAGACAGGAAGACCAGAAACCGUCGUGGGAUGGUACCACUCCCAUCCAGGAUUUGGGUGUUGGCUUUCUUCAGUUGAUAUCAACACUCAACAGUCUUUUGAACAGCUCACUCCUCGUGCCGUUGCCGUUGUCGUUGAUCCUAUACAAUCCGUCAAGGGGAAAGUUGUCAUCGAUGCUUUCCGAUUAAUAUCCCCUCAGACUCUUGUCAUGGGUCAGGAACCUCGUCAGACCACAUCUAACCUUGGACACCUUAAUAAACCAUCCAUUCAAGCUUUGAUUCACGGCUUGAACCGUCAUUACUACAGUAUUGCCAUCAACUACCGAAAGACAGGCCUGGAAGAGAAUAUGCUCAUGAACCUCCACAAGCACGUAUGGACUGAAGCUCUUCAGAUGAACGACUUUAGGGAGGAGCGUAAAGAAAAUGUGGAGCGGCUGCAGAAGCUUGUUGGACUCGCUGAAGGAUACGAAAAGAGGGUUAAGGAGGAAUCGGAGCUGACACCGGAACAGCUCAAGACACGAUAUGUUGGAAAACUGGACCCCAAGAAACACAUUGAGGAUGUUGGUCAACAGCUUAUAGAGGACAACAUUGUGGCUGUAUCCCGACAGAUGAUUGAUAAGGAGGCAUCUCUAGCUCGAGAUAGUCGAUCAAAGGCACACCAGCAAGACAUGAUGGAGACUGAUGAGGAAAUAUAA